GGCAGCGUCUUAGAACUAAGCAUCAGCAAGGCUCCUCCCACUAUCACCUGCCACAUCGUAUAUAUAAACAUGAGUUUAUUUCUACUCCUCUGGUGUAACGCCUCCGGAAAGCAACAACUACUGCCGAAAGUACUUGUCGUACUAGAACUGUUUUCUGUAUGAGGUACAGAGACCACGACAAUAAAGCAUUAUGACUGUUCCGAGAAGAACCCGGAUGAACAGUCUUCUUCUCAUCUCCGCUGCUGUGGUAGUAGUUUGGGCUCUGGUGGUGUCUGCGGACCAAUACAAGAAGUGUCCGGAUGGCUUGAUGUACCACUACCCUGUGCUAACGGCCGUCCGCGGACAGUCUCGCCUGACAUGCGCAGUGCUCUGCUCCACGGACAUCCGCUGCAAGGCGGUCAACGUCUGUCCGGACCGCCUGAUGCCCUCGCGGGUCAUGUGCGACCUCCUGGCCAGCCAGAAUCCCGGCCGUUGUGAGAGCGGGCUAGAGACGGCAACUUUUCCUUCGUGUGCGUACCUGCACAAGGAACUCCCGUCACCAGAGGGAGCCACCACGACGCCAGGUGUGAAGUCUGUUGCCCUGAACGAGACCUGUGAAAACGGUGGCGUCUUCAACAUUUCCAUGAAUCGGUGUGCAUGCCCCGUUGAGUUUGCUGGCAACAAGUGUGAAAGGCGUAUCAGAGACUGCUCAGACGCGAUGGAAAAUGGAGGACGAACGAGUUUCUCUCCUGAUGGUGUCUAUCCCAUCCAGCCCAUAAAUGCGACGACUUCUUUCUUGGUCUGGUGCUACUUCGUAGCGAACGGCAUCACUUCCGUUCUCCAACGUCACAGCACAUUCACGUUCCCAGCAUUCAACUGGUCAGCGGCAAAGAGCUGGGUCGGCGACGACACUACACCCACUCAAAACUACUUCAUCGGUCUGCACAACCUUCACCUCUUGACCUCCCAGGCGACUUAUCACUUCAUCGUGAAGAUGCUGUACGACGAACCCGCGGGCGCCACUUUCGCGCAUCGUGACUACGCGUCGUUAAAUGUUGGGUCAGAGGGCACGUCGUACGAGUUGCACUACGUUCCGCUAGAAUGGAACGGGCAGGCAGGUAACGGUUUCAGCACGGUGCCACCCCUCCUCUUCUCCACCGCGGACAACGACAGCAACGCUUGCGUGGAGAGUCGUAAGCAUGCCGGGUGGUUUGGUGCGGACUGCAGCGGGUUCAGCCCUUUCGCCACUCCAAUGACCUGGCCUGUCAACGCUGUCAAAAUUCUAGAUUAUUUAGAAUUUUCUCUCAUGAAGAAUUCAUCUUAUGUCGAAAAUUAAUCUCCAAGUUUACAGGAUUAAAGAGUAAACCCUGAAUGAUAACCCCGUAGGUAAGUUUAAGAUUAGUGGAUCCUUCUACAAUGGCCGAAACGUUAGCAAACCGUGAAAAAUGAACGUUAACCCAGACGUACUUUUGCUAUUGUAGCAAACUAAUAAGCUCACCCUAGAAUUUAUCGCCACUUUACUCAUAGCUUUUUCAAACCAUGCUCGCCAUUUUUUUCUGAGAAUGUCUACGCCCCUCGUACGUGGCACUUUUUCCCCUCACUUUAAACAGUUUGUGCACAUGGUUUUUGAUGUUAGUCAAUCUUUGUAAACAUAUGUUGUU